GUGUCUACUAGAGAUGUAUUUGGAAAAGACCAAAAGGCAGGAUAGACGUUGGGGUACCCAUCCCGUUCUAAGCAGCAGAUUGACAACAGGUGCGUUUCAUUUGAUGUUUGAGAAGCACAGACAAUAUGAAGACAAAUUUUACCAAUAUUACAGGAUGUCUGUUAGCUCAUUUGAUGAACUUUUACAUCUUGUCAGUGACGGUCUGAUGAAGAAAGAUACCAACAUGAAAAGGAGUAUUGAGCCAGCUGAAAGACUUGCUAUAACCAUCAGGUAUUUGGGCUGUGGAAUGAACUUCAGUGACCUUGAAUUCGAAUAUCAAGUAUCAAGAAAAACAAUACGUCUCGUUGUUGAGGAGACCUGUGAAACAAUUUCGGGAAAACUGCAGUCAACUGAAAUGCCAAUCCCUACAAGUGAUGAAUGGCUUUUGAAGGCAACGGAAUAUGAGAAGUUAACCAACUUCCCAAAUUGUGUUGGUGCCAUUGACGGCAAACACGUGCCGAUACAAUGUCCACCAAGUUCAGGUUCACUAUACUACAACUUCAGGAAGUAUUUUUCACUUGUAUUGUUUGCAGUCAGCGACGCACAGUGCAACUUCACUGCAAUAGAUGUUGGUGCAUAUGGCCGGGAGGGCGAUUCCACAAUCUUCAAAAACUCAAACUUUUACAAAAGACUGAAUGCCGGCCAACUGAACCUCCCAACAGAGAAACCGCUUUCACCAGAAGGCCCCACAGUACCUUUCGUAUUUCUUGGCGAUGAAGCUUUUGGUUUAACUACACGUGUGAUGCGCCCUUACCCACAGAAGAAACUCACAAAAGAGAGAAGUGUAUAUAACUAUAGGCACUGCAGAGCCAGACGUACAGUUGAAUGCGCAUUUGGAAUUAUGAGCAACAAAUGGCGAGUAAUGCAUUCCUGUAUCCUGGUGAACCCGAUCUUUGCAACGAAAAUCAUUCAGUCUUGCUGUGUAUUGCAUAAUUAUGUAAAAAGGCGGGAUGGUUACAUUUUUGAAGAAUCGCUUACAUGUGACAUGGAUUGCUUGGUCGGAGCAGCAGUAGGAAGUGGUCGUAGUAACGGACUUGUAGUAAGGGACUUGUUCUGUGAGUAUUUCAAUGGACCAGGAGCCUUAAACUGGCAAAAUCAAUAUGCCUAAGCACAAUCACUUGAAAAAGUAGGACUUAGUAAAAAGAAGAAAAAGUAAACUUAGAAAAAGUAUAACAAUAUUAUUUCCUAUGUAAUAAAAUUUAAAAUAAAAAGUUUUGUAAUUGACUACUUUGAAUACAUCCUGUUAUGUUAUUGUAGCUCCUCUCAAAUUAGACCUUUGUAUCAUAAUCUAGUGUCAGUUCUAUAAACAGUAUUGAUCAACUCGUGAAUAGGUUUAGUGAAGGUUGGCAAGGAAGAACAGUGACCUUGGACGACUCA